AUGAAUCCUGCAUUGAUUGCCGGUCUUGUGGUCUCCGCUUUGCUCAUGCAGCAGGCUGCUGGAACGAGCUGGGGCGAUGCACCAAAUUUUCCCAACCCUUCCAAUACCAACAACAACUGUUCUGCUGACCAACAAGGCGGGUUCGACUGGUCUGGUCUACCAACAGGCGGUUUCAACAGUUUCGGCGGUUUCGGCUUCAGCGGCUUCACCUGUCAGGACUCCUUCCAGCCCAGCAACAAGAGAUCGCUCCGGACAAGAAGCAGCUUCCAGUCCAAAUGCAUUCAAGGCAAAGUAUCCAACUCGGCCAGCAAUGGCCCAUCAUUCUCCUGUGCACAAGAUGACAAAUUCUCGAUUUCCCACUUGGAAGUGUCUGUUUCUUUUGAUACGGACCUCGAUUUCAUCUUCUCCAUGCCUGAUGGUUCGACCUGUAAACACACAGCCCCCUGUCAGGCAAGUGGAACCACGGUUCAAAACACACAGUGUGGGGGAGCCAGAUCGGUCUCGAUGCAACUUCCGCCUAGCAGUGGAAAGCAAGAUUGCGAUGUUGGCAUACAUUCCAUAGGGUUUGAUUGCAGUUCUUCAUCUUCAUCGUCGACUACUACUGCUUCCUCUACCACUGCUGCCACUACCACUACCAGCCCUUCGGCCUUCACCACUACCACUACACCGGUCACAACAACUACAGCAGUUAUAACAACAACAACCACUCCUCAGCUGGAGACCACCACCACGACUCCCCAGAUUCAGACGACCACCACUCCAGGCGGAGGCUCAUCAACGGGUUCGACUACUACUACAACGUCAACUGAAUCGGAAGGGCCUCCUGAUACUAGCAGUACCACAACUACCAGUAACGAGCAAACAACCGGCACUACGACGACAACAAGCAAGUCUGAAGAGACUCCUAGCACGACCACGACCACGACAACUGCCACCGCUAGUACCACGUCUGGAGAGCAGACUAGUGCCACUACGACGACGACUACCACACCUACAGAAGGAACACUAGGCACUACAACUGUUGGCACUGUUGCUACCACAAGCCCUGUAGUGACUACUUCUACGACUGCGACCACCACAACUGAAAGUGAGACAGAUGUCGUUACUACUGAAAUCGUUGUGUCCACUAUCACCACUUGUCCGCUGACUUUCACCCACACAAGCGGCACCGAGACCGUGACGGAAACAACUAGCACCAUUUCGACCAUCAUCAUCACAUCAACAUCAACCGUUUGCACGAGAUGUAAUGGCCCGCCUCCCUCAACCUUGACAUCUGCCACGCUGCCUCCCGUCACGGAGAUCACACCAACACCCGAAUCAGAAACCCCCCAACCACCAACUUCAGCUUCCACCUCUACCUCGGAUGCUCCCCCUCCCCCGGAAUCCUCAGCCCCCUGCCCAUCUGUGCUACCCAGCUGCCUGAACACCUGGCUCAGCCUUGUGCCCAAGUGCUCUUCCAACAGCGACGCGAGCUGCUUCUGCCCGAGCACCGAUUUCAUUUCGAGUGUCCAGGCAUGUGUUUCCGCAUGGGCCGGUGGCGAUGAUGAAAUCACCGCCGCUCUUUCUUACCUUGCCGGUAUCUGUGCAGACUUCGUGCCGCAGAAUCCGGGCAUUUGUACCGGGGUCCCGAGGACGAUCACAUUGGUGCCCACGCCGCCAUCAGUCACCGCAACCGCAACCGCAACUGAGACCGCCACAGCCACUGCAAUCACAACUUUCACGACCAAUGGAAAUGGUCGCGGCCCCCGUCCGCCGAUCACAACGCAGACGCCAUCCGCUGUCGCUGUGCCCGUUACCACUGUGACGUUCACGCUCACGCAGAGCGCCUCCGGCCCCAUCAUCACCACAGCCGUUACGGUGCCACAAGUUACAUUUGUCACUGCACAACCCACCGCAGGGACCGGGACUGGGGCUGGGGCCGGGGCCAGUCCUGCAGCCCCCGGCAUUGUAGGCCUGGUCCCGAUGCCAGCUGCGCUUGCGACUGCGACCUCUGGUCUGUCUAGCAGUACUAGUGGAGGUGACAGUGGUGUAAGCGGCACAACAGCCGUGGCUCCCACGGGCGUCUUUCCCGCAGCUACCAGUACGAGUCCGAUAGAGGGGCCUGCUAUCUUCACUGGUGCAGCGUCUCGAGAAGGCGGCAGUAUGGGAUUUGGCACUCUCGCAGUGUUGUUGGGUGCUGUUGCUUUCUUCUUCUGA